UCCGGAAGUGGCGGCUGUGCUCGGCGAGUGGAGCGGCGGCAGUCAUGGCGGACGUAACCGCUCGCAGUCUGCAAUACGAGUACAAAGCGAAUUCCAAUCUUGUAUUACAAGCAGAUCGGUCCUUAAUUGACCGAACCAGACGAGAUGAGCCCACAGGAGAGGUGCUGUCACUGGUGGGAAAACUGGAAGGGUCCCGAAUGGGAGACAAAGCUCAGAGAACAAAACCACAGUUGCAGGAGGAGAGGCGAGCAAAACGGCGAAAGCGUGAUGAAGAUCGCCAUGACAUGAAUAAGAUGAAAGGUUAUACAUUGUUGUCGGAGGGAAUUGAUGAAAUGGUUGGAAUUGUGUACAAACCAAAAACAAAAGAGACCAGAGAGACUUACGAGGUGCUACUUAGCUUCAUUCAGGCUGCACUUGGUGACCAGCCCCGUGAUAUCCUCUGUGGAGCAGCAGAUGAGGUCCUGGCUGUGCUGAAAAAUGAUAAACUGCGUGACAAGGAGCGGCGAAAGGAGAUAGAAAUGCUCCUGGGGCAAUUGGAAGAUACUCGUUACCAUGUGCUUGUAAAUCUGGGAAAGAAAAUUAGUGACUAUGGAGGAGACAAAGAGGUGCAGAAUAUGGACGACAACAUUGAUGAGACAUAUGGAGUUAAUGUGCAGUUUGAAUCUGACGAGGAGGAGGGUGAUGAGGAUGCAUUUGGUGAAGUGCGGGAAGAAGCAUCGGAUGAGGACACAGAAGGCGAGGAAGCAGACAUCAGCUGCACACUUUCUGCUAAUCUGGGUGCUGCUGGAGAUGUGCUGAGUGCUAAGAAGAAAGACCUCCAUCCUAGGGACAUUGAUGCUUUCUGGCUCCAGAGACAGCUCAGCCGCUUCUACGAUGAUGCCAUCAUGUCGCAAAAGAAAGCUGAUGAAGUGCUGGAUAUCCUGAAGACAGCCGGAGAUGACAGAGAGUGCGAGAACCAGCUUGUCUUGCUUCUUGGUUUUAACACUUUUGACUUUAUUAAAAUCUUGCGGCAGCAUCGCAUGAUGAUUCUAUAUUGUACUUUACUGGCUAGUGCUCAGAGUGAGGGCGAGAAGGAGAGGAUCCAGAGUAAGAUGGAAGCAGAUGCAGAGCUUUCCAAGGUUCUCUACAAACUUCAAGAGACUGAAAAAGAGGACAUAAUUCGGGAAGAAAGAUCUCGCAGAGAAAGAGUUCGUCAGUCUCGUGUGGAUACAGACCUUGAAGCAAUGGAUCUUGAUAGGGAAGGGGAGAUUCUGGCUCCCAGACAAGUUCUGGAUUUAGAGGACCUGGCCUUUGCACAAGGGAGUCACCUCAUGGCAAACAAGCGAUGUCAACUACCGGACGGUUCCUUCCGCAAGCAGCGCAAGGGGUAUGAGGAGGUGCAUGUACCGGCGCUCAAGCCCAAGCCCUUCAGUUCUGAGGAGCAACUGAUACCCGUUGAGAAGAUGCCAAAAUAUACCCAAGCAGCAUUUGAAGGCUUUAAAACCUUGAAUCGAAUUCAGAGUAAACUAUGUAAGGCAGCCAUGGAAACGGAUGAAAACCUUCUGUUGUGUGCUCCCACUGGUGCUGGCAAAACAAACGUGGCUCUUAUGUGCAUGUUGCGUGAGAUUGGGAAGCACAUUAACAUUGAUGGAACCAUAAACAUAGAUGACUUUAAAAUUAUAUAUGUGGCACCGAUGAGGUCUUUGGUUCAGGAGAUGGUGGGCAGUUUCAGUAAGCGUUUGGCCAGUUAUGGGAUCAGUGUUGCAGAGCUGACGGGGGACCAUCAACUGUGUAAAGAGGAGAUCAAUGCAACCCAGGUGAUCGUGUGCACACCAGAGAAAUGGGAUAUCAUCACUCGCAAGGGAGGAGAGCGAACCUACACACAAAUAGUGCGACUCAUGAUCAUUGAUGAGAUUCACCUUCUGCAUGAUGAUCGUGGUCCAGUACUCGAGGCGUUGGUUGCCCGGACAAUUAGGAACAUUGAGAUGACUCAGGAAGAUGUGCGUUUGGUUGGGUUGAGUGCCACGCUACCCAACUACGAGGACGUUGCUACACUACUGCGAGUUGACUCAGCCAAGGGCCUUUUUUACUUUGAUAACAGUUUCCGUCCCGUUCCUCUGGAGCAGACAUAUGUUGGGAUCACAGAAAAGAAAGCUAUUAAACGUUUCCAGAUUAUGAAUGAGAUUGUGUAUGAGAAGGUGAUGGAGCAUGCUGGAAAGAAUCAGGUGUUAGUAUUUGUUCAUUCUCGGAAGGAGACUGGAAAGACAGCAAGAGCGAUUCGAGAUAUGUGCCUGGAGAAAGACACACUGGGCUUGUUCCUGCGAGAGGGCUCGGCUUCCACAGAGGUGCUGCGCACAGAGGCAGAGCAAUGCAAGAAUCUGGAGUUGAAGGACCUACUCCCCUACAGUUUUGCUAUUCACCAUGCUGGCAUGACCAGAGUGGAUCGAACACUAGUAGAGGAUCUUUUUGCCGACAGGCAUAUCCAGGUGCUGGUCUCCACAGCAACUCUGGCUUGGGGUGUGAAUCUGCCUGCCCACACAGUUAUUAUUAAAGGAACACAGGUGUACAGCCCAGAGAAGGGUCGCUGGACUGAACUGGGAGCACUGGAUGUACUUCAGAUGUUGGGCCGCGCGGGGCGACCGCAGUAUGAUACCAAGGGCGAAGGCAUCCUGAUCACAUCGCAUGGCGAGUUGCAGUACUACCUGUCCCUUCUCAACCAGCAGCUGCCCAUUGAGAGCCAGAUGAUCACCAGACUCCCUGACAUGCUCAACGCGGAGAUUGUCCUGGGAAAUGUCCAGACUGCCAAGGAUGCCAUUAAUUGGUUGGGGUAUACAUACCUCUACAUCCGGAUGCUGCGUACCCCCAAUCUGUAUGGGAUAUCGCACGAUGAGUUGAAGAGUGAUCCCCUGCUGGAGCAGCGCCGAUUGGAUCUCGUCCACACCGCUUCACUCAUCCUCGACAAGAACAAUCUUGUAAAGUAUGAUAAAAAAGGCGGAAACUUUCAGGUGACAGAUCUGGGCCGUAUUGCAAGUCACUAUUACAUCACACAUGAAAGUAUGGCCACCUACAAUCAGCUUCUGAAACCCACCCUCAGUGAGAUUGAGUUGUUCAGAGUCUUUUCACUGUCCUCCGAGUUCAGGAACAUUACUGUACGAGAGGAAGAGAAACUCGAACUCCAGAAGUUGUUGGAAAGAGUUCCUAUUCCCGUCAAAGAAAGCAUUGAAGAGCCGAGUGCAAAGAUCAAUGUGCUGCUGCAAGCCUACAUCUCGCAGCUGAAGCUGGAAGGGUUUGCACUGAUGGCGGACAUGGUGUACGUCACUCAGUCUGCAGGGCGUCUGAUGCGUUGUAUUUUUGAAAUCGUUUUACACCGAGGUUGGGCCCAGCUGACGGACAAGACUGUGAAUCUCUGCAAGAUGAUUGACAAACGAAUGUGGCAGUCAAUGUCGCCUCUGCGUCAGUUCAGGAAGCUGCCAGAGGAAGUCAUCAAGAAAAUUGAAAAGAAAAAUUUCCCAUUUGAGCGACUGUACGACUUGAAUCAUAACGAAAUUGGUGAGUUGAUCCGAAUGCCAAAGAUGGGCAAGACAAUCCACAAGUACAUUCACCAAUUCCCAAAACUGGAGCUCUCCGUUCACAUUCAGCCAAUCACACGCUCAACGCUGAAAGUGGAACUCACCAUCACGCCUGACUUCCAGUGGGAUGAUAAGAUUCACGGAUCCUCAGAAGCAUUCUGGAUCCUCGUUGAGGAUGUGGACAGUGAAGUGAUUCUGCACAAUGAGUACUUCCUUCUGAAGUCAAAAUAUGCACAGGAUGAGCAUCUGGUCAUGUUCUUUGUGCCCGUCUUUGAGCCUCUCCCUCCACAGUAUUUCAUCAGAGUGGUGUCCGAUUGCUGGCUCUCCUGCGAGACUCAACUUCCAGUUUCAUUCCGACAUCUGAUUCUUCCAGAGAAGUAUCCUCCUCCCACUGAGCUGCUGGACUUGCAGCCAUUGCCUGUGUCAGCGUUGCGGAACAGUGCCUUCGAACAUCUCUAUCAGGAUAAGUUCCCAUUCUUCAACCCAAUCCAGACACAAGUCUUCAAUGCGGUCUAUAACAGUGACGACAAUGUGUUUGUCGGGGCACCCACGGGCAGUGGGAAGACUAUUUGUGCAGAGUUUGCUAUCCUGCGAAUGCUUUUGCAGAACACUGAAGGGCGCUGUGUGUACAUUACUCCAAUGGAGGCUCUUGCUGAGCAGGUUUUUGCAGACUGGUACGAGAAGUUCCAGCAAAAAUUGGGCAAGAAGGUGGUGCUGCUAACUGGGGAGACGAGCACAGAUCUGAAACUGCUGGGCAAAGGGAACAUCAUCAUCAGCACUCCGGAAAAAUGGGACAUCCUGUCCCGACGCUGGAAGCAGAGGAAGAACGUCCAGAACGUAAACCUCUUUGUUGUGGAUGAGGUUCACCUGAUUGGUGGAGAGAAUGGGCCCGUUCUGGAGGUUAUCUGUUCCCGAAUGCGAUACAUCUCCUCUCAAAUUGAGCGGCCAAUUAGGAUUGUGGCGUUAAGCUCGUCGUUGUCCAAUGCAAAAGAUGUGGCGCAUUGGCUUGGCUGCAGCACCACGGCAACGUUCAACUUCCAUCCCAACGUGCGGCCAGUUCCCCUGGAGCUGCACAUCCAGGGAUUCAAUGUCAGCCACACCCAGACCCGCCUGCUCUCCAUGUCUAAGCCGGUCUACCACGCCAUCAUGAAGCACUCGCCCAAGAAGCCGGUGAUUGUGUUUGUCCCCUCCCGCAAGCAGACACGGCUCACUGCCAUCGACAUCCUCACCUUCUGUGCUGCCGACGUCCAACCACAAAGGUUCCUGCACUGUACAGAAAAAGAUCUUGUUCCAUACCUGGAUAAGUUGAAUGACAACACUUUGAAGGAGACGCUUGCUAACGGAGUUGGUUAUCUGCAUGAGGGCCUCAACCCAACUGAACGGAGGAUUGUGGAGCAGCUCUUCCGUUCCGGGGCAGUGCAGGUGGUGGUGGCAUCACGCAGCCUGUGCUGGGGGAUGAAUAUCUCCUCACACCUUGUCAGCAUCAUGGACACCCAGUACUACAACGGCAAAAUCCAUGCGUAUGUGGAUUACCCCAUUUAUGAUGUUCUGCAGAUGGUGGGGCGGGCUAACCGACCAUUACAAGAUGAUGAAGGACGUUGUGUCAUUAUGUGUCAAGGGUCUAAAAAGGAUUUCUUCAAGAAGUUCCUGUAUGAGCCACUGCCUGUUGAAUCCCAUCUUGACCACUGCCUACAUGACCAUUUCAAUGCGGAGAUUGUCACCAAAACCAUAGAGAACAAGCAGGAUGCUGUGGACUACCUGACUUGGACCUUCCUCUACCGAAGGAUGACCCAGAAUCCAAAUUACUACAAUUUACAGGGUGUGUCACACAGACAUCUCUCAGAUCACCUCUCACAGCUGGUGGAAAAUACCCUGAAUGACCUGGAGCAGUCCAAGUGCAUCAGCAUCGAGGAUGAGAUGGAUGUGGCGCCGCUGAACUUGGGAAUGAUCGCAGCGUAUUAUUACAUCAAUUACACCACCAUUGAAUUGUUCAGUAUGUCUCUGAAUGCCAAAACCAAGAUCCGAGGCCUGAUUGAAAUCAUCUCCAAUGCAGCAGAGUAUGAAAAUAUUCCCAUCAGGCACCAUGAGGAUAAUCUGCUGCGACAGCUGUACCAGAAGGUUCCUCACAAACUGAACAACCCAAAAUUCAACGACCCCCACGUGAAGACGAACCUCCUCCUGCAGGCUCACCUCUCCCGCAUGCAGCUGAGUGCUGAACUGCAGUCUGACACGGAGGAGAUCCUCAGCAAAGCGAUCCGUUUAAUCCAAGCUUGUGUGGAUGUGCUGUCCAGCAAUGGUUGGCUCAGCCCAGCGCUGGCUGCAAUGGAACUGGCCCAGAUGGUCACACAGGCCAUGUGGUCCAAGGACUCGUACCUGAAGCAGCUUCCACAUUUCACAUCUGAACAUGUCAAGCGCUGUACAGACAGGGGAACUGACAGUAUCUUCGAUAUCAUGGAAAUGGAGGAUGAUGAACGCAACAUUCUCCUUCAGCUCAACGACGCACAGAUGAUGGAUGUUGCCCGAUUCUGUAACCGCUACCCCAACAUUGAGCUCUCCUAUGAGGUGAUUGAGAAAGAAAACAUCAAAAGCGGCUCCUCGGUCGUGGUAAUGGUACAACUGGAGCGUGAGGAAGAGGUGACUGGGCCUGUCAUUGCACCCCUGUUCCCACAAAAACGCGAGGAAGGCUGGUGGGUGGUGGUUGGCGACCCCAAGUCAAACAGCUUGAUUUCCAUCAAGAGGCUGACCCUACAGCAGAAGGCAAAGGUGAAACUAGACUUUCUUGCACCAGCCCCUAGUGCGCAACACUACACCCUGUAUUUCAUGAGUGAUGCGUACAUGGGAUGUGACCAGGAGUACAAGUUCAGCAUUGAUGUCAAAGAGGCAGACAGUGAAGGCGAGAGUGACUCUGACUGAACAGUUCAAUCCAAGUUCCCUGCUGGCUGUUGCUGUUUGGAACUUCCCACACAUCCAUCUGUAACUAGACAGUGACCUACUUCGCUUUUAACACCCGAUUUAAAAAAAAAAAGAAAUUGAUAUGCUUUUGUUGUGGAUUAUAUUUUCCAGUAACUGUUGUAUGUUCAAGUGUGGCAGAAGGCUUGAGCAGCAGUGUGUGUGUUGGCUGCUUUCAGCAGUAUUUAGUUUAUCACAGGCUUCUACGGUUUAUUCAAAAUAUAUCCAGAGUUUAAAGUUAACCAAGUAAUUUUGACAAGAAUUCUUUACUAUGUGUACAUUUAAGCUGAUUGUGUGUCUAAGAUUAAGCUAUGUCAGACCUUUUCUUACAUGUGACCCGUUACUCCAAAUAAAAUGUGAAAUAUCUUUAUAUUA